AUGGAGUCUCAGAACUUUGGGCACAUGCAUCCAAUGGUGUUCAACGAGGAGAGGGGCAAUGAAACCAAAGAAGCUCAUUGCGGCAGAUGUGGAGAGAUGGUGUCCGGUCCAUGGUUCAGCUGUGCCGAAUGUGGAUUUUCACUCCACAGCAAAUGUGCCAAGGCACCUUCGCCGAUCCAUCACCCUUUCCAUCGCAAUCACCCUCUUGUUCUUCUGCCAAAAUCACCAUACAAGAGUGGAAGAUGUAUUUGCAAUUUUUGCGGCGAAAAAAGUGAGUCGUUUGUUUAUCAUUGCUCUUGUCAAAUAGACUUGCAUAUCAAAUGUGCUUUAUUUACCCUAAGCAUAGCCGAAAAGAAACCUGAGGAGCUUAAACACAUAGCCACCAUUGAUCCACCAGUGGAACCGGGAGAGGGUAACAAAUUACCUGAAAACUGUGUCUGUUUUGGGUGUUGGGAACCAUUAGGAGAGUCCACAUACUUUUCUAUUGAUUGUGGGUUCAACCUACACAAGAAAUGUGCCCAACUACCCCAUGAAAUCAACCAUCCCUUUCACAAACAACACCCCCUUGUUCUACAGUUUAGUGUUCAACUUUCCUCCUGUAACAUAUGCCAACGGACACGAUAUAGGGGAUUUCUUUAUUGUUGUUCACCGUGUAAGUUUGAGGUUCACAUUAAAUGUGCGGAGUUACCUUCCAAAAUCAGUAACCCCUCACAUCGUAGACACGCUCUUGUUUUACAGUCCAACCAUGAAAAUAUACCUUGCAAGGCAUGUCCAGAAACCCAAAAUCCAAAAUUUGUUUAUUCUUGUUCGCCCUGUAAGUUUGCUCUUCAUACCGAGUGCGCAACACCACCACCUUUCAUUAAAGGAAAAUACCAUGAGCAUCCAUUCACCCUGUUCUGGAAAGUCUCGUUCAUUUGUGAUGCAUGUGGCCUCGAAGGGAAUUCUGUUUCCUAUAUAUGUUCUGCAUGCAACUUUGUAAUCCAUCCAAAAUGUGCUUCAAUACCGCCUAUCAUCAAAGUCCGACGACAUCAUCACCCCGUUUUUCACAACUAUUUCCUCUCAGGAAAUGAGUUCAAGAAUCGGGUUUGCGAGUUUUGUGAUACCGAGGUUAAUAUAGAUCAUGGGAGUUACUUUUGCUCAGAUUGCAAUUUUAUUGCCCAUGUGAAGUGUGCAAUGAAAGAAGGCUUCUACGUUGUAAUUGAGGCAAAAGAUUUAGAUGAGGAACUUGAUGAUGAUUUGGCAUCCAUUAAUCCCAUCACUCGUGUCAUUGAUCUAAAUGAGGCUGGGGAAAUGACUAGAAUAAAACAUUUCAGUCAUGCGCAUAAUCUGAUAUUAAGUGACAAUUUCAUGGAUAAUGAUAAGACUUGUGAUGGUUGCAUGCUACUCAUCUCGGCUUCAUUUUACUAUUGUUCCUCAUACUGUGACUUUUAUCUCCACAAAACUUGUGCUAGAUCACCCAGGAAGAAGUUGCAAUGGUCUCAUCGACAUAUACGAGGACUCAUCCUUGUUGUCGGCUACAUUUUCAAAUGCCGAUUAUGCUAUUGUGAGAGUAGCGGCUUUGCCUAUAAUGUGAAAGGUUAUAGAAUCAAACAUCCAGCACAUGAACACACUCUCUUCUAUUUAGAAGGGUUCAAAGGGUUUUGCAAAGGUUGCGGUAAAUCAUUGAUAAACCUAAAUAGAUGCAAGCGUUGUGAUUUCAAUGUGGACGGUUUUUGUCUAUCGUUGCCGCUUAGAAUUCGAGAUAGGUGUGAUGAACAUCCGCUCGCACUCACAUAUCAGGAGGACAAUGAUUAUUCAGAAUAUCUUCACUGUGACAUAUGUGAGAAAAGAAGAGAUCAAAAUCACUGGUUUUAUCAUUGUGCAACUUGUGAUUUUUCUGCUCAUCCCCAAUGUGUUCCUCAAAGCCGUCUGUUGAUCAAACCCGGAAGCACGUACAAAGCAGAAGGCCACCACCCGCAUCCUCUUACUUUUGUACGCAAGCCUCAUUAUUAUCUUCGAUGUAACAAAUGCAGUAAUCUCUGUCAAGAUUUGGCUCUCCAAUGUGCAGACUCUACAUGCAAUUACACUGUCCACUGGGGAUGUGUAAAGCCCGUUGACUUCGAUGAUGACAAACCAGUUGCGCUUUACAAAACUCAAGCAGAUUGCUAA